AUGCCCAUACUCCAAGGAAUCAAACUAGAGAUAAUCUCCAGAGUGACGCUUGAGAUUUUCCCAGAGUUCACGCACACUGACAGUUCACGAUUGGCCAGUACCGGUACAGCGCAGGGGACGCUUGGCUCUGAAUCAGAAUUCCCGGCGGCAUUAUUUUCAACUGGCGGUCGAGAGGAUUGUUUGCCUGACAAUGAAACGAACACCUCCGUCUAUAUUCCUUCUCUACCAGACACGCGCUUCCUAAUUCGCUAUCACGUACUUGAAGGUGCUCCAGACGAUGUGCCAUUCUACUACUUCAAGCUGUUCAUGAAUGGCUGGGAGAUCACUUGUUGGGGUUGUAGUGCUCGCACGGCGACCACUGGACGGAUCACUCGAGCCCUCUUUGAUCCAAGUGAUGACUGGACAUAUGAGGAUAAGAAUGGUCAGGUUUAUAAACGAUGUGGGCUGGAGCCACGCGCAUUCUACUUCACGAAGCACAACCCGAAUGCAUCCCCUGCUACUGACGGGGGUCUGAUUCAAAUUCGUAUUUUCCGGUCAAAGGGGAGACAGCGCAGAAUCCAGGAACCAGGGACUUACAAGAACCAAGAGAUAUAUGGAAUUGCCCUCAACAGUGAUGGCCUACUUGACGAACCACAAGAUGCCAAGUUUUAUGACUAUCAUCUUGACGACCCAAAAGACAAGCCGUACAUUACUUUCAAAUUCCAUUACCGCACAUGGGACAGCCUCGCUAGUCUGAGCCUCAUGCCAGAGAACCAUUCUCGCAGGCUCUUGCCAAUGACACCUAGCUUGCAGGAUCUUUAUGGACUCUCUCAAGAAAUGCAGAAGGCACUGCAUGAGCGAAACUUCGCACCAUAUGCACAUCAGCAUGACCAUAUUGCCUAUCACCUACGUGAUUCAUUAUCGCUUGAUCGUCAGAGACUAUCGUUUCAUCGUGAUAAAAUCGUGGAAUACCACUCGGAUUCUUCUCUUAGCACAGGCUCUUCUGAGUAUUCUUCGUCUGAUGAUUCUGAUGACUCCGAUGACGAUGAAUUUGAGCGUGGGAUGAACUGGCCGAUCAACAGUUCUAGGCAUCUAUUGCCAAUACUUUCAGAUAGACCACAAACACAAACACCGGCUAACGAUAAUAAGGAAGACAGUAAUAAACCAACACCCGUAGGGAGUGCGCGCAAGUUUUUUAAACGACAUUUUUUGAAGGAUAGAGGUAAGUCAACGCUUGUCAACCAUGUCGCCGAUAUUGCAGAGACUGGUCCCAUGAAAUCUCCAAAGGAAUCAUCCAAGCCAUUGGUUGUUUAUGGUCCUAUGGAAAGUUCAACUUAUUUGAGAUUUUCGCGACGAGCACUCCUAAAAUCCAUGACUGAAGAACUACUCGAUACCGGUUCUGAGGACCCCAUGACACAGGUCACUUCUGGGCCUGCAUUAGAGAAUAUUAGGCCGCUGCCACAGAUCCCGACCCGAAAGUCGUCGUUGAGCAGCCCGCGACCCUUGCCUGGUCCGUUUCGAUCAGGUUAUGGAAAGGGGAAGCUUGGGUUUGCUGCCUCUCAAAUACAAACACGUCUUCCCACCAUACGCAGCCAGGACUCCGACUCCGAGGAGGAUUCUGCACCUACCCUGAUUUCAAAGGCCAGCCUUCAACAGGAGAAUCAACUAGAAGACUCUAUAGCCGACAAUGCUGGCUCCGAUGAUUCAACAUCCCCGCCAAUGUCUAAGUUCCACCUUGAACAAAAGACUGUUGCACAGCAUGCCAGACCCCCCACCCGAGGUGCUAAGGAUGAUUUUACAUAUAGGCCAGCUAGCCGCCCCUCGUUGGUCUCGAAGUUCAAUCUUCCCGAGAGUAAGCAAGAAAGUUACACAGCGCCCCUAUCUAAUGCCACGAAGGAUUGCGCUUGCCCUCAGGAAAGCAUUGCCUCUCCAGGAGUAAUGGGGCUAGACGGAAAAUCAUCCCCGAAAACCCAAGGAGUGCAAAGCAAUUCAUUGCUGGAUGGUGAACGGAAAGAAAACGACCACCAGCUAUCAGUGUUCAGCCGCUUUGGAUUUAUCCAGGAAGCUCAGUGGAUGAGACGCACCAUUCAGCCUACGGCGACAACAAUAUUUACACCGCAGGCACCACAUCAUGGCCCUCGUUUAGCCUGCAAUAAUCGUACCCACUACGAUUCCGGCCCUGCACAGUAUGGGCACCACCAGAGCCCAAAAGGAACAGGAAAAGGUGAAUAUGGCUCUGCCGAACGCUUGCAGCUGAAUAACGAGGUCUGGUAUAAGCAUACAAAGGUUCCAACGGAAGGUUAUAAACGCAUGAGGAGACAGUGA